UUGUCACACAAGUUUGCUCCACCGACGCCGGACGAUCUCUCCGUGGCACGCCACCUUGAGGACCUGCGCUGCUGCUUUGCACUCCUCCAAUCGACGAAAAAUCAGAUCAUAAAAUUCGUAACUACUCUUCCUUCAAGCCUUUUCUAGAUAUCAUUUGUGGAGCUUUACGCUUCUCACCUGAUAAAGAAACCAACCAUGAAGUUGCGACUCAGAUCCUUUGAAACCAAAGAAACCCUUAAAAUUGAAAUCCGUAAUCCUUGCAGUCUCCUGCAUCUUAGGGAACUUGUCGCUCAGAAAUUUCCUUCUCCUUCACAUUCCUCUGCCAUUUCUUUCUCUCUCAAUCGAAAAGAUGAGCUUACAACCUCUUCUGCAGAAGAGUCCAUUCAAUCUAUCGGAAUUGCCUCUGGCGAUCUCAUCUACUUUACUACAAACCCUAAUGGAUUUUCCACUGGCACCCAAAUCGUCCCGCCUGUUGCUCCAUCAGCACCCAAAUCUGAACAAUCUGAAAAUCCCCCAACCCUAAAUCACAAUUCCGUUAAGCAAGAUGAAAUCCUAAACACUAAAUCGAGUGAAACCCUGGACUUCAGUUCUGGAAAAGGGGAAACAAUUGGUUUCAGUAAUCUCAGUUCAGAAGAGAGUGCAGAAGCUAUGGAAACAGAUGAUGACACAAAUUCUGUCAUUGAUGCUGGGAAGUCUUUUUCAGUGCCGGGUUUUCUCAGGAAAGUUUUCUCAGAGGAAUUAGGUGAUGAUGAUGGUCUUAAUCACAAGCUCUUGGGUAUAGCAGUUCGUGCCGUUCUAUUAGAAUCUGGCUUCGUGGAGAUCGAUUCUGCUUCAAAAUUGUUAAAGGGUCCUAACUUUGAUGUUCCAGGGAGUUGGCAUCUCGCCUCAUUUUACUACACUCUUCCCGACAUCAUUAAUAGAGGUAAUAUUGAAUCUGUCAAGAUCAAAUUUCAGAACCUCGGGAAAUAUUGCAAGGUGUACGGGUCUUUGGUUAACGGAAACGGGGUGCACUCCGUACUCUUAGACGAAGACCGGCUAGUGCCAUUUUUGAAUGUGGUGUGGGCUAACUGCGGACAAGUGGUUGAAAUCAUGGAGGAAAACAAUCAGGUUUCUAGCGUCUUACCAGAAAAAGAAGUAUUCGAGUUCUGGAGAAAAGUGAAAGACGGGAUUGCAUUACCACUAUUGAUCGAUUUAUGUGAGAAAACCGAUCUGGAACUUCCGCCUUGCUUCAUGCGACUACCCACUGAACUCAAACUGAAGAUUCUGGAGUCGGUUUCCGGUGUGGAUGUAGCAAACGUGAGCUGUGUUUGUUCGGAAUUGCGAUACUUGGCUUCAAGCGAGGAUCUCUGGAAACAGAAGUACAUGGAGCAUUUUGGGAAUGUGGAGGGAUCGGAGGGUGGUCGGAGUUUCAAAGAAAGAUUCGCUAGAGGGUGGGAGAGUCGGAAGAGGAGGAAAGUUGGUGGGAGAUCAUUUGUGACCGUAAUGAGAAGGCGGCCUUAUGGUCCAUUCGGUGGUGGUCAGUUCCCACGAAUGAUAGGCGGAGAUUAUGACCUAUUGCCAAGGCUUGGGCUGCCUGGUGGUUUUACUCGACUCAGGAAUGUGGUGCCACACUGUAAUCUGGGUGGCUUAGAUUACUAAAGUUUCUGGUGGCUAAAAACCUUUGAACAUGUUUAAUAAUAUGUUUAUAAUAGGCGUUGAACUUAAGAUGUGCGUACCAAGUGUGUGUUUGUUUGUUUUAUGUUGAAUGUUAUAUAUCGAGGUUAUGAAUAUGUGUAGGAAAUACUUUUCA